AUGGGCAAGAAGCGCGGCCACCCCGACGUUGAGGACGUCCUAUCUCGACCGUGGUGCUACUACUGCGAGCGUGAUUUUGAAGAUCUGAAGCUUCUCAUUUCUCACCAGAAGGCCAAGCACUUCAAGUGCGACCGAUGCGGACGUCGUCUGAACACAGCUGGAGGUCUCUCCGUCCAUCUGAACCAAGUCCAUAAAGAAACUCUCACCCAGGUCGAGAACGCGCUGCCCAACCGCCAGGGACUCGAUGUCGAGAUCUUCGGCAUGGAGGGUAUCCCCCAGGACAUCCUGGACCAGCACCGAAACCGCAUCAUCCAGAACUUCUACCAGGCCCAGGAGGAUCGCCGUAUUGCCACUGGCAACCCUUUGCCAGGACAAGCAAAGCAGCCGCGCAAGAAGCUCAAGGUUGAGACACCUGAGGAAUUGAAGGCGCGUCUCGCUGAGCAUAGAGCAAAGAGGGCUGCAGGGCAAGUUGGAGGAACCAGCGGCAGUCCUGCCAACGGCGCCCCUGCAAGCGCAAGCCCCGGUGCAUUCAACAACUCUCCCUACCCCCCGCCGCAAGCACCGUACGGCGCUCCUCCCGACCAGACCUACCCGCCUGGAGCUGCACCUGGCGCUCCCCAAUAUCCCCAACAGGGAUACCAGUCCGGUAAUUACAACGGCUCUUCGCUGCCGGCGAGGCCAUCAAGCGGCCCGGAGGCGGCUGCCGGUCUUCCGCAACGACCGCCUCAGUACGGCGGCCAGUUCUGGAAUGGUACCGGUGCUCCGCCUCAAUACCCUGGCGCAUCGACUGUCGAUGAGCUGGUAUCGGGUGCGGCACAGCACGGCGACGAAAUCGACGAGCUCAUUCGCCGGGCCGAGUCUGGCAUCAAGGCCCCGAAGCCGGAGGACGAGGAAGCCGCUGGAGAAAAGAAGUCGAAGAAGGACAAGGAAAAGAAUGUCAGGAUGGUUUACGCCGAUACCGAAGUCAGUCCGGAGGAGCGGAUGGCGCAAUUACCCAAAUACGCCUGGACGCCGGUUGCCUCGUGA